AAAACGUCCAAAACGUGAUGGCUUGACGGUUAUAUUUUGACGAGAAACUACGGGCUCAUUGACUUAUUCCAGACACAUUUCGAUGUAAUAUGUAAAUGAAAACUUGGCCAGUGUAAAAGAGUCGAAGCUAUGAAAAUUCCAUACCCGUAAAUAACUUUCCCGAUAUUCCAUGUUGUCCUUCUACAGCUGCCUUCUAUUAUUGAACGAUCGCGAUCCUCUGGAAGAAUGUCAAAGACAGAGAUAAAUUCUGAUGAUAUGCUGGGAUUAGAGCAAGAGCAGGAUAAUGGACACUCAAGAACAUCUUCCAAGUUGGGAAAGGUUAUUCUAGGUGUGACAGGUGCAGCGGCAAUUGGACUUGUUCUGGUCACGACACCGUUUGUCACGCCUGCGUUACGCAAAAUCUGCUUGCCUUAUGUUCCAGCUACAGAAAGGCAAAUUUCUAAUAUUUUACUAAUGGCUCAAGUCUCCAAAUGUCCGGGAUCAAAGCUUGUAGACUUAGGCAGUGGGGAUGGAAGAGUGGUUUGUAUUUAUUCAAAACUACAUUUUCAUCUAAAAUCCUCUUCAGUCAACCUGUCACGCAAUCUUCUUAAACCUUAGGUGUAAUCUGGGUCUGCAACUUAUACAAACCUCAUUCUCAUUUACUAGACAAUCCAAGAGAGUUGGCAUAUACAUUAUAUGUUUCUGAUUGACAGGUAAUAGCUGCAGCCAAACAUGGCUACCAAGCUCAUGGUUAUGAGCUCAAUCACUGGCUUGUCUGGUAUUCAAGGAUACAGGCCAGGAUACAAGGGCUGCAUGGGAAGGCCACAUUUUCAAGGGCUGACUUGUGGAAGGUAGGAAACAAUACAUAUAUGUUGACUAACAGUAUGUACUACCUGGCCUAUCAUAAUAUCUGUAAGCUUUUCUAAUCUUAAUUCCAAUCAAACUCUCCUCUGAUUUGGACAAUGUACUGAUGAAAAUCAUUCAGUUCUUAGAUGUACCUGCUUGACUAAUGGCUGAGGAAUCAAAUUAGAAAUGGGUGUGCCAAUAAUUAUUGACCCUUGACGUACUAUGUUAUUUAUGGUGUUGCACUUCAAAUAUGUGUGCUCAGAAAAGACAUGGUCACUCAAGAUACAUGACCUUUGUUGAAGUCCUCAUUUUUUAUCAACUCCCCACAAAUUUUCUUUCCUUUAUUCCUUUCGGUAUUAAAGAUUAUCAGAGAGGUGAAAACCUCUGCAAAUCUGAAAUCUGAAGAUUUUCUCUUUGUGCUACCCCACUACCACCUUCCCUCCUCCCCCUCCUCCUAAACCCACCACACCCGACAAGGAAGCUCACCCCAACCCCAAUACAUGCAUAAUUGUAAUCUGCUGAAGUAGCCUGUGUGUCGUAGGACAGGAAGCAAAAGAAAUGAAGGGAGGUGGAUUAUAGUGUGUGGAGAGUUUUUUGUUCAGGCUUUUUAAUUAUGGGCUUUAUUUUACUGAAAUUCUUAUCAGGUUCAUUGAUUUCCUUUUCAGGUUGACCUUUCAACUUUCAACAAAAUUGUAAUAUUUGGAGUCUCUGAAAUGGUAAAUGUUGUUAAAUUAUAACACAAGUGUGCCUAUUUAGCAGAAUGUGUAUUGCCUCUCAUUUUCAAGCAUUUUAAAUGUUUAAUGUACUAGUAAUGUUCAUUAUAUUAGACCUCUAUCACAUUUUGAUAUGACUAUGAUUAUAAACUUCACUGUCAUUUUUUUUUUUUCAUUAUAGAUGCAAAAGCUUGAGGCAAAAUUCCAAGUGGAACUGAAAGAUGGUGCUGAAGUGCUUGCAUGUCGUUUUCCACUACCAAACUGGAAACCAACAAAAGUCAUUGAAGAAGGGAUUGACAGUGUAUGGUUAUAUCAAAAACAAAAAUAA